AGAGCUCGCAUUGAUAGUCCAUUUUUAUUCUCCAACACACUCGGGCACAAUGAAAAUACCCUUAGUUUUCGCGCUCCUCUGUCUUUUACCAGUGGCUUUUUGCCAAUCUGACAGUACAACCGAAUGCGCCAAAAUGGACUUCACCAAACUGUCAUCGACCUGUUGCAUGCACCCAUUCAGCACUCUUUUAGAUGAGCUCAGUAUGACCAAUGGAAUGUCACGUUGUAGUCCAAAACCAAAUCUUUUGGCCUGGGGAAAUUCGUACAAAAUAAACACGCUGCAGUCUAAGGACAUGAAGAACUUCAUCGACAUAACAUCAAAGGCCUACAAAAAAGAAGUUUGUUCUGCUGGCGCAUUCAUGAGAUGCGUUUUCAUCAAGAACAGUUUCUUUAAUUUAGGUGAUGGAACUAUCAACAUCCCUAACUUGUCAUCUUAUCUUGUGGGCAUCGCUCCGAACUCAACGUGGAAAACUAUGAUGAGUAAAAUUUUGGAUCCUCUCAAUCCAGAGAAAGCAAACUCCUAUUCGUUCAAUGAUAUCGUAGAAAAUGAUUACGAAUACAUCGACUGUGGCUCACCAACGGGAAACAUCACCCUCUUGCCACUGAUGAUGAUGCAACUGCUGCAAAGCGAGUUGAUUUGGAUGUGCCCAAUGCAAAAUUUGUAUACUUCUAAAAACAAGUGUGAAUCUUUGAUGAACAAUUUUCAGUAUUGUGACGACAAAAUAUUCUCGUCCACGGCAAAAGGAGUCUUUUACUUCUCUGUAUAAGUCCACUUCAGUAAAAACCGGAAAAAAUUAGAUAAUAA